GAGCCCCGCCCCACUCCGUCUCUCGCGCAAAUAUCAGCCUGGGUUGUAGCCAUGGCGUCGGAGCGGCUGCCAAGCAGGCCUGCCUGUCUCCUGGUGGCCAGCGGCGCUUCCGAAGGUGUGUCAGCCCAGUCCUUCGUCCACUGUUUCACACUGGCCAGUGCUGCCUUCAACCUACAGGUGGCCACCCCGGGGGGAAAGGCCAUGGACUUUGUGGAUGUGACAGAGAACAAUGCACGUUGGGUACAAGACUUCCGCCUCAAGGCAUAUGCCAGCCCUGCUAAGCUUGAGUCCAUCGACGGUGCCCGGUACCAUGCCCUGCUGAUUCCCAGCUGUCCUGGUGCCCUGACUGACCUCGCCAGCAGUGGGUCCCUGGCUCGAAUACUGCAGCACUUCCGCUCUGAGAGCAAACCCAUCUGUGCCAUUGGCCAUGGUGUUGCUGCCCUGUGCUGUGCUACCAAUGAAGAUAGGUCCUGGGUGUUCCAGGGCUACAGUCUGACAGGGCCUUCUGUGUAUGAGCUCAUCAGGGCACCUGGCUUUGCCCGCCUACCAUUGAUCGUUGAGGACUUUGUGAAGGACUCUGGGGCUGGCUUCAGUGCCAGUGAGCCCGAUGCCGUGCAUGUGGUGCUGGAUCGCCAUCUGGUCACUGGCCAGAAUGCCAACUCCACUGUUCCCGCUGUUCAGAACCUGCUCUUCCUCUGCGGCGGCCGGAAGUAAGCUUGGAUGCUGUCCUGGUGGCCUAGAGACAAGGACUGAACUCACUGUGGCCUCUUCUUCUGAUCCUUACUCGAUGGGACACUCAGCCUCCGUUGGGGCCUUGUGGAAUGCUGGAGGCCUCCAGGAAUUAUACCUGCAGUGUCAGCUCUAAUGUAGACUAGACACCUUUCCUCUGUUCCCAGCACAGUGUCCUGGCUGGCCAGGCAGUCCCUCAGAGCUUCAGAUUGAAGACGCCAAGAAGAAUCGUCCAUGAACUGCAGUCAGCUAUGCUGUCUUAGGAUGGGGUGUUGCUCCUCCGUGGCCUUUUGGCUGUUUCUAUCCCGUUAGCUGUUCCUGGGCACCAUGGACAGGACCACAGGCCAGAGCUUUGAACUCUCAUCUUUCCUUUUUUUUUUUUUCUUUUUUUUCCGGAGCU